CGUAAAUAAAACGAUAUGUGAAUAAGUGAUGAAUAUUUAAUAUUUUUACGAAAUACUAUGAGUAUAUAAAGAUAUAUUUGGAGUGUCAAUCUAAUUUUAUGACCACGAAAAAACAAUAAAUCAUUAAUUUCGCAAUAUUGUAAGCUGUACAUUUGCAAAGUCGAUCAAGAAACGUAUUGUUGUUAAAUCUAGGUUAUUUCGUAGUUUCCCAGUUUUAUUAAGUAUUUUAAUUGUUAAUGAUGAUAUAAAAAUUGAAUAAAUAUAAAAAUGGGUUCACCAAUGGACACUCCUGGCUCACAAGCUCUCGAAGUGGCGAAAAGUAUAAAAGAUGUGGUGAUAUUCAAGAAACCAACAGGUCCUGUGAAACGUAAAAAAUAUCAACCAUCAAUUUUGGAUGAAGAUACGUACGUUGAAAAAAUUGGAGAAAUAAUUCAACGAGAUUUCUUUCCACAUCUAGAAAAAUUAAAAGCUCAAAAUGAUUAUUUAGAUGCAUUAGAGCAGAAUGAUGCUAAAAAAAUGCGUGAGCUCUAUGAAAAAUAUAGUGCUGGAACUCCUUUAACUGAAAGAGUAGCAAGUCCAGCUACAUUUGAAACACCUCUACGAGAAGAUAGUUCAUCAAAUAUUGAUCAUAUUGAAUCUGAGCAUGCCAAAAAAGCUAAAACAGAUACGGAAAAUAAUCAAAUAGGUCUAGAUUGUUAUUUAAAUUCCCAUACGAGUGAAGACAAUGCUAGUUUUGAAGAAAUGAUGGUUGAAGCUGAAAAAAAACAAAGAAUCAAAUACUCAUGGUUAUAUGAUAUGGAAGAAAAUUCUAAAUCUCUUGAAUUAAAAAAUAAUACUUUAUCAAUUACUAAUGACAAGGAUAAAACAUCAAAAAAACCACUUAAUCUCGAUACUUGGAGUUAUAAAAAUAAAAAUUAUAUUAUGUAUAUACCUGAUGGUGUUGAAAUUACACCAGAAGAAAAAAUUGAAUUAGCAAAGAAGAAACAAGAAAUUGUUCAUGUAAAUACAAGAUUAACUGUAAAUCCUUUCAAUGAAAAACAGAAUAAAGAGACGAUAAAUGAAUUGGCGAAAAUUCAGUCAAAAGUAAAUGAUGGAAAAAUUGGAGUAGACGGUAAAGAAGUCCUAAGAAAUCCUACUCCAAGAGUUAAUGGAUUUAGUUUUGUUGCUACACCAAGUCCAAGACCAGGAGAAUGUGAAAGUCCUCUGAUGACUUGGGGUGAAAUUCAAGGAACUCCUUUUAGACUUGAUGGAGGUGAUACUCCAUUAUUAAGAUCGAAUCAAGGACCUUCUUUCAGGAUGGCGGAACCGCCGAAGAGAGAAAAAUUGGCAUUACAGUUGGCAGAAAAAGCAGGAGAACGGCAUAGAGAUAGGAAAAAUAAGGCUUUAGAAGCUGCAAGAAAAUCUUUUGCAUCACCAUCACCCAAGUGUUCAUCAGCAAUAGAAAGACUUAGCACAAUGUCACCUGCAGCAAGAAGAUUAGCGACACAGAAACUUAAAAUACUUGGUACACCAAGUCCACGAAGAACUCCAUUAAAAUCACCUUUAAUAGGAGUGAAAACAACUAAUUUAACUCCACGUCAUGUGACACCUUCAGAAUCACCGAAAAUUACCUUAGAAUCAGAGAAUAAUUUGAAAACUAAAGAAACUGUACUUACUGAUAAUUUAUUAAAUUUACCACAUAGACAAAGAGCUUCUGAUUUUUUUUAAUCAGCAACUUGAUGGAUUUUAAAUAUCUUUUUUAUUAUUAAUAUGUUUUCUAACACCAAAAAUCUUGAUAUGAACUUUAUAGAAAUUAUUAAUUCGUUGUAUAUAU